AUGGAGUCGGCCGCGUUAUCCCAAAUCGGUCUCGCCGGCCUGGCCGUGAUGGGCCAGAAUCUCGCCCUCAACAUCGCCGAGAAAGGGUUCCCAAUCUCCGUCUACAACCGCACCGCCUCCAAGGUCGACGAAACCCUAGAUCGGGCCCGCCGCGAGGGCCACCUUCCCCUCUCCGGCCACUACAACCCCCGAGACUUCGUCCUCUCCGUCAAGCGGCCCCGCUCCAUCAUCAUCCUGGUCAAGGCCGGCGCCCCCGUCGACCAGACCAUCGCCGCCCUCUCUGCCCACAUGGAUCCCGGCGACACCAUCGUCGACGGCGGCAACGAGUGGUACGAGAACACCGAGCGCCGCGCGGCCGACGCAUCCGCCGCUGGCCUGCUCUACCUGGGGAUGGGAGUCUCCGGCGGCGAGGACGGCGCCAGAUACGGUCCAUCCCUGAUGCCCGGAGGUUCCCACCAGGCCUACCUGAACAUCCAAGGCAUACUCCAAAAGGUUGCAGCCCAGGUCGACGACGGGCCCUGCGUAGCCUACAUCGGGUCUGGCGGGUCGGGCAAUUUCGUCAAGAUGAUACACAACGGGAUCGAAUAUGGCGAUAUGCAGCUGAUUUCCGAGGCGUACGAUGUUCUCAAGAACGUGGGAGGCUUGCGAAAUGAAGAAUUGGCCGAGAUUUUCGGAGAGUGGAACCGUGGGGAGCUCGAGAGCUUCUUGAUCGAGAUCACGUCCGAUAUAUUCAAGGUGAAGGAUGAAGAAACUGGAAAAGGGCAUUUGGUGGAUAAGAUUCUGGAUAAAACCGGGAUGAAAGGGACCGGGAAAUGGACUGUGCAGCAGGCAGCCGAGCUCUCGAUAGCAGCACCCACCAUUGCCGCCUCACUCGACAGCCGGUACAUGAGUGGUCUGAAAGAGGAAAGAGAGGCUGCAACCGAGAUUUUCAAGAACGAGGGUUUGAAAGAGGAAAUCGACAAUGUGGGCUCGGUGGAUAAGAAGAGAUUGAUCGAUGAUGUUAGGCAGGCUUUAUACGCAUCAAAGAUUUGCAGUUAUGCGCAGGGGAUGAAUUUGCUGAGGGCAAAGAGCAUGGAGAAAGGUUGGGGCUUGAAUUUGGGUGAGCUUGCCAGGAUUUGGAAAGGCGGGUGUAUUAUUAGGGCCGUUUUCUUGGACAGGAUUAAGCAAGCUUACCAGAGAAACCCGGAGCUUCCGAAUUUGUUGGUUGAUCCUGAAUUUGCUCGGGAGAUGGUUCAGAGGCAGGCGGCUUGGAGAAGGGUCGUUGGUUUGGCCAUUCAGAGGGGUAUUAGUGUUGCCGGAAUGUCGGCAAGCUUGCAGUAUUUUGACACGUAUAGGCGUGGGAGGCUGCCGGCUAACCUUGUGCAGGCUCAAAGAGACUAUUUUGGGGCGCAUACUUACGAAAGGGUUGACCGUUCGGGGGCUUAUCACACCGAGUGGUCAAAGCUUGCUCGGAAAGCCAAAUUAUAUCAUCACUCUAUUCAGCAUUUGGUGGAUAAGAUUCUGGAUAAAACCGGGAUGAAAGGGACCGGGAAAUGGACCGUUCAGCAGGCAGCCGAGCUCACUCGACAGCCGUUACGGAUGAAUUUGCUGAGGGCAAAGAGUAUGGAGAAAGGUUGGGGCUUGAAUUUGCUGAGGGCAAGCGUACCAGAGAAAUCCAGGUCUUUCGAAUUUGCUCGGGAGAUGGUUCAGAGGCAGGCAGCUUGGAGGCGGAUCGUUGGGUUGGCCAUUCAAAGGUGUUGCGGGAAUUAUUUUGACACGUACAGGCGUGGGAGGCUGCUUGCUAACCUCGUGCAGGCCCAAAGGGACUAUUUUAUGAAAGGUGGUCAAAGCUUGCUCGGAAAGCCAGAUUGUAGGGUGGAGAUUGGAGAA